CUCAUUCAGAGUCUGUGCCAUAGAUAUUUCAUCAAUCUCUUUGUGCCAGUGAUAUAACACACUUGGUAGACAAAAGGCAUUUAUUAAAUUAUUUUAAAUACCAUUAAGGUGGCAUUUUGUAGUUGGCAUUUCAUUUUUGUUUGUUUUGUUUCAGUGUAAUCACCGAUAGUUAUAAUUUAUAUUUUAUUUAUUAUAAUUAAGUUUUAAUUAUUUUUUAAAUCAAAAAUGUCUCUCAAAGCGCACGGAUCGGGUCUUAUCAGUGGUAUCGCUGGUAUGACCAACAAGUUUACGGUAUUCACGAGUGGUAAAAAUGUGACCGGACUUACCGUCGCAUUCGAGGGUCCAUCAAAGCCGGAGAUCAGUUUCCACAACAAUAAGGACGGGUCAGUUGAGGUGCACUACAACCCGAAAGUGGGCGGCGAAUACCGCAUACAUAUUAAGUACGACAGCAAAGACAUCAUAGGCUCGCCCUAUAACUGCCGGAUCACUGGCGACAACAAAACCCACCAGAAAUACGUGGACAAAGUGAAAGUCUCGGGCCCUAACCUGACGGCAGGCGUGGCCAACAAAGUGAACGAAGUGUAUAUUGACUGUAAGGAGGCUGGCAUUACGGGGGGCAUUAAUUUUGCCAUGGAGGGCCCGUCCACGCCCGAGGUCAAUUUUGUCAAUAACAAGGACAUGACGAUUACCGUACAGUUUACGCCCAAACAGGCCGGCGAUUAUCGUUUACAUCUCAAAUUCCAGGAUCUCAACCUACCCGGCAGUCCCUACCCUAUCACCAUCUCAUAG